AUGGCUUUCAAAAACGGGCUGAGCGAACGCCUCGAUGAGCUGCGAUUUCCUUCCCCGCGCUCUCCACCGUCUGAAUCGACUUAUAACCCCCUCUCACCUGGGAGUUCCAACUUCGGGUCCGGCUUUUCACGACCGCCUAGCGAUGUUCGCGCCAACCUGCAACGUCGAUUCACCACAGACUCGAGCAAGCUUUCAUCUUGGAACUUCCUCAACCAGGGAUCUACUCCGAUGCCCGACCCCCUGGAUCUGCUGUCAUCGUUUGAGAAGAAGCGACAGCAUAUUGAGUAUAUGCGUGAGCAAAAACGACGAUUUGAAGAAGACAUGAAGUUACUUGAUAUUCAGCACGAAAAAGAGAAGAUCGAGAUGGAUAAGCUUGCACGCGAUCUUGCCAAGGCUGGUAUUGCUGGCCGCGCCAGCGAGCCGACUACCCCUCCCGAGUAUCGUGAGCCGACUUUGUCUGGUGCAGGACGAUCUGCACGCUUCCCAUCCACUAGCGUGACUUCAUCUCCUGGUUUCUUCAGUGCUUUUGCGCCUUCCAACGUUACUUCUCCUCAAGCUCCUCAAUCUGGUCACUCGCACGCCCAGUCCGUGGAUCGUUUUGUUGUCCACUCCCUUCCUGGGUCUCGCCGGAAUUCCGAGAAGGACAGCUUUCUGUUCGAUUCUACCAUCGAUUCUUCAACUAUCCGUGGCCCAUCACACCGCAACUCGAUGCCUUCUAACAACCACUACAAUCAAUAUCGGCCCAAUAUGAAUGGCCACGCGAAUGGCCACAUGAAUGGCAAUACUAAUGGUAGCACCAAUGGUUAUAUGACUGGCCAUAAUGCUGGUUCCGGCUUCGACUCCUUCUCUGCUGUCAAGCACUUUUUCCAUGACGAUGACAGAUCGUUUGCCAAGGAUGAACCCCGUCUGUCUACUCCCGACAUCAAAGGCUAUAUUAGAAUGACUGAACCCGAUGACAAAUUUCCAACUCUCCGCCGCGAGGGUUCCAACAUUCUGGCAGCCAACCCAGAUGCUCAUGACCUGGCAAACUCUCGUAAUUCAAACCAUGAGACUUAUUCCUACCACAACCGCAGCCGCUCUUCCCACCAGAGCAUGCCCCAGAGCCUCAACGAUAUUAUGCGCCUGGAUCGUCUGGGAGGUCAGACAGAUGACCACAGCUCUGUUCAUCGUCACCAAGCUCACCGUUCUCUUGAGGGUGGCUUGGUUUUCCCCAAUGAGCGCUCCGACGACGCUAUGACCCCGGUCCCCUCCCACAGCCGCCCCAGUGCCCGGGUGUCGUACUCGACCAAUGAUGUACCUACCGUCAGGGGUACUGGCUUCGACGCUGCUAUUACUCCGCCCAAGACCCACGCUGAUCACCUUCAUCACCGUAAUGCUAGCAGUGUUAGCAAUGCUAGCGUUGGACGCAUCCCAAACGGUAUUCACCCCCACCAGACCCGAGGAUCUCCAGAGUCCCCGAACCACAACAACCAGCCUGGUCAAACAAUGCUGCAGGCAAGCGCUGCGCCUUUUGGCCCUCAGAUCACUUCGCCCAUGUCCAACAACGGCAUUAACGGUAUCAACGGCUCUGCUGCCCCAGUUGGCGUGCCAUUCCCCGCAUUCAACCAUGGCAUGCAGGCUUAUGGUGCCCAUCCCAGCCAGAUCAUGCCAAAUUUCCCUGAUCCAAACACCUACGGUGGCUAUCCUAACCCUGCCAGCAAUGGCUAUCGUACCAACGAUGUCCCAAUCCGCGGUGGGAACAGUCUUCGACGUGCAACUGAGGGAGAGGCCUCCCAGUAUCAGAUCAGCCGAGAUGUCUCCCAGCAGAUCUCCCAGCAGAAUCGUUUCGAUGGCCAGCAGCAGAAUCGAUUCAUUCACCCUCUAGAGCACUACAAGGGCGAGCUGUACAGUCUGUGCAAGGACCAACAUGGAUGCCGAUUCUUGCAGCGAAAGUUGGAUGAUGAUAACCCUGAGAAUGUCCAGCUUAUCUUCAGUGAGACUUACAUGCAUGUGACCGACUUGAUGAUGGAUCCGUUUGGCAACUACCUAGUUCAGAAACUUUUGGACCUGGCCAAUGAUGAGCAGCGCACUGUUUUGAUUGACAAUGCUGCUCCACAGCUGGUCACCAUUGCAUUCAACCAGCAUGGAACACGUGCGCUCCAGAAAAUGAUUGAGACCAUCUCAACCCAUGAGCAGACCCAGACUGUGAUCGAUGCACUUGCUGACCACGUUGUCGAUCUGGUUAAGGACCUCAAUGGCAAUCACGUUAUUCAGAAAUGCCUCAAUCGCCUCCGUUCUGAGGAUGCUGAUUUCAUCUAUGAGGCUGUUGGCGGUGCGUGCAUCGUAGUCGGCACCCACCGUCAUGGAUGCUGUGUCUUACAGCGCUGCAUUGACCACGCGUCGGGCGCUCAGAAGGCACACUUGGUUGCUCAGAUCACCGAUCACUCCUACAAACUUGUUCAGGACCCCUUCGGAAACUAUGUGGUCCAAUACAUCCUGGAUCUUAACGAGCCUAGCUUCACCACACCCAUCUGUCAGGGCUUCCUUGGCAACGUGAUCAAGCUGGCCAUGCAUAAAUUCAGCUCCAAUGUAGUUGAAAAAUGCUUGCGCACAUGCUCAAAGCCCGUUCGGCGUGAGAUGAUUGAUGAGAUGAUCAACAGCGAUAUGUUUGCAGACUGCCUGCGUCAUCAGUAUGGCAACUAUGUCAUUCAGACGGCUCUGGACAAUGCGGAUCCGCAGACGUGCAAUCGGAUCAUCGAGGCUAUCCGCCCUGUCCUUCCUACUAUCCGUCAGACCCCGCACGGGCGUCGCAUCGCCGGCAAGAUUCUUGCCGCGGAGACUCAUGCCCGCACGAACAGCGAACACACACUGCGCGAGAUCAACAGCACUAAUCAACUUGCCAACCCCCGGCCCAAGAAAAAUGAGAUGGCCCCUAGCGGUAUCAAUGAUUACGUUCUCCAAACCUUCCCGCCCACCCCUGCAUCGAGCUCCACGGCGAACACUCCCCCGGGCGGAGGUAAUGAGAACUCUCUGAUGUUCCCCGCUCCUGUUUCGCCGUCGUCCAACUUUGCUCCGCAGAAUCCGCCUUACGACUCCCAGCGCCCACCCUUCGAGCCGACCAGCGAUGACUCUUUCAACUACUUCUAA